AUGGAGCAUAGUUGUGAGAUUACUUAUUGGCACGCUUGGGAAGCUCGUGAGUUUGCUAUUGCAGCUGCUAGAGUUAGAGGAUUCUACAAUGCAAUGCGAAGGGUGAUUGUCGUUGACGGAACUUUUCUGAAAAAUAAAUACAAAGGGACACUUCUUGUUGCUACUGCUGUAGAUGGUAACUCUAAUUUGUAUCCGAUUGCAUUUGGGGUUGUUGAUUCAGAGAAUGACGAUUCAUGGGGGUGGUUCUUCAGACAGUUGAAAGUGGUUAUUGCUGAUUGUCAAGAUCUAGCUUUUGUCUCAGAUAGAAAUGCGUCUAUUUCUAAAGCUAUUGGGACUGUCUACCCUCGAUCAGCACAUGGAAUUUGCAUUCAUCACUUAUUAACCAAUGUGGUCUCAUUUUUCAAGACAAAAGGAUUGACUGCGUUGGUGGAAAAGGCUUCACGGGCAUAUAGGUACACUGAAUUUCAAGAACGUAUCACCGAAAUUUUUGAUAUGAGUCCUGAGCUUGGAAGAUAUCUACGGGAGGCUGAUGUGCGCAAAUGGGCUCGUUCUCUCUUCCCUGGCUCCAGGUAUGACAUUAGGACCACGAACCCUGCAGAGUCUAUAAAUUCAGUUCUUAGAAUACCUAGAGAAUAUCCGGUUAUUCCUUUGCUUGAUAGUAUAAGAGAACUGUUGACUCGAUGGUUCUAUGAGCGUCGCUUGUUAAGCUCAAAGCAUGUAGAUCCUUUAACCGCUAAGGUGGAGAGAAAGAUUGAUAGGAGAAUUGUGAAGGCAAAAGGAUUCCAGGUUUACAAGGUUGACAACUUCAGAUCGGUUGUAAAAGGAGACAUAUAUGAUUGUCAUGUUGAUUUGGAAAGAAGAACAUGCACAUGUGGUAAGUAUGAUAUAGGAAAAAUUCCUUGCCGACACGCCAUUCCUGCAAUUUAUUCACGAGGUAUGGAAGUGCACAGAUUCACUGACGCCUUGUACAGCACUGCAGCGUGGAGAACCGCCUAUGCAGAUUCCAUUAAUCCAAUAGCAGUUCUAGAGUCUGAAUGGAAUGUCCCUGCUGAGGUUAAACUUGCAAAGGUUUUACCACCAAAGACAAGAAAGAGUGCUGGUCGACCAGUAAAGAGAAGGUAUGAAUCAGUAGAAGACAAGAUCGCAUCUUCUCAAGGAUCAAGAAGAAUAAAAAGCAUAAGUGCAGCCGUUGUGGAACUGAAGGACACAAGAGAGGAACAUGCGAUUUACCCAUCUAGUUUGUUAUGUGUCUGCAUCUGUCUCUGUUUUUUUUCUUAUUGCUUUUGA